CAUGUCGGAGCAGAAAAGACAUAGCUGGACCCGCAUCCGCCCUAUAAAUACUCGUUCCUCUCAAACUCACUCUCUCUCAUCUCUCAGUCGUCUUCUCUCUCUAGAAACUCACGCAAACAGGGAUUUGAAAACAGAGGGCGAAACCAAAAACAAUUUCGCACAAUUAAUUCAUACUUGGGAGAAGCUAAAGUCCUUCGGAAAUGGGAGCGUGCGUGAGUAAAUUUUCGAUACUGAAGAGCGCCGGCGACGCUCCGAAAGAGCAGGUGACGUCGACUUCGAGGGAGAUUGACCUGGAGCAAUUGGUCAAAAAGGACGGUGAACCGGCGGCGGUGGCUCCGGCGGAGGCUCCGGCAGCAGAUGGCGAUGAAUCUAAGAGUAAAUCGCUCGGCCGUUUGCUCUCGGAGAAUGAGACAGUAAAACCAGAGGAAGCAACGGAGAUCAAAUCAGAAGAAAACGAAAAUGUCAAAAGUGUUGAUGCUCCAGCGAAGGUUGAAACAGAGGCCGAAACUUCAGAGAAACCAGUGGCAUUGGAGAAGAAAGCAGAAGAGGAACCAGCUGCUGAGAUUGUUAAGGUUGAAACACCGGCCGAAGUAGAGAUCGUUAAGACAGAAAAACCUGAGGAAAAGAAACCUUGUACAGAUGAGAAACCUGAAACCUCGGAGGCAAAGAAAAUCGAGGAGAAGAAACCAGAAGAGAAGCCGGUUCAGACAGCAAAGCCAGAAACAUCGGAGAAGAAAAUUGAGGAGCCAAAACCAGCUCCAGAUGCAGAAAAGAAGAAACCAGAAGACAAAGUUGUUGUUGUUCAGACAUCAAAGGCGCUUGAAAUACCUGAGAAGAAGCCUGAAACACCAGAGGCAAAGAAAAUCGAGGAGAAGAAACCAGAGGAGAAGCCGGUUCAGAUAGCAAAGGCCGAAACAUCAGAGAAGAAAACCGAGGAGCCAAAACCAGCUUCAGAUGCAGAAAAGAAGAAACCAGAAGAGAAAGUUGUUGUUGUUCAGACAGCAAAGGCGCUUGAAAUACCUGAGAAGAAACCAGAAACCUCGGAGGCUAAGAUAACCGAGGCGAAAAAACCAGAAGAGAAGCCAGUUCAGACAGCAAAGCCAGAAACAUCAGAGAAGAAAACUGAGGAGCCAAAACCAGCUUCAGAUGCAGAAAAGAAGAAAGCAGAAGAGAAAGUUGUUGUUCAGCCAGCAAAGGCGAUUGAAAUACCUGAGAAGAAACCUGAAGCCUCGGUGACUAAGAAAACCGAGGAGCCAAAACCAGAUGUGGUUACAAAGAUAGAACCAUCACAAAAAAUAAUCGAGGAGAAGAAACCAGAAGAGAAGCCUGUUCAGACAACAAAGCCUGAAACAUCAGAGAAGAAAACCGAGGAGCAAAAACCAGCUCCAGAUGCAGAAAAAAAGAAAGCAGAAGAGAAAGUUGUUGUUGUUCAGACAGCGAAGGCGCCUGAAAUACCCGAGAAGAAACCUGAAACCUCAGGGCCUAAGAAAAUCGAGGAGCCAGAACCAGCUCUGGUUACAAAGAUAGAACCAUCGCAAAAACCGGUGAAGGAAACAAAGUUGGAGAAAGUAACUUCCGAGGAAGAAAAGCCUAAGCCUGAACCAGCGAAGAAGUGAGAGAGAGAGCAUUUGUUAAGAGAAUUGGAGUUCAUUGGGUGAUUAAAAAUGCAGAGGAAUUAAGCUGAUAAGUGGUUUGACUUACACAAUGAGUGAGUUUAGUUCUAAUGCGUGAUAAAGUUUCGUUUGUCAUUUUUUUGUUCGUUUUCAUUGUUUUGAUUCUUUCCCGAUUCUCGUACAUUUGAUGAUGUUUUGGUAAGUAUAUAUAUAAUGCAAGUAAUGCAGUGUGGGGGAUCAUGUAAAUGACAAGAUCAAUGUGAGUUACAAGUAAUUCACUCUAUAUAGAGUGAGUUUGGAUUGC